UUUUCAGUUGUGUUAAUUUUUUUCAGGUCUGGGGGGUUAAUCCUGGAUUUGGCAGUGGAAGAAUUCAAGGGCUAUACAAUGUUUCAACCUAUCAUUAAUGGAAUUGGUGGAAAUUUAGUGUCAGUCCAAGCAAGUCGUACUUCGACGAUGUUACAUAAAACUUCUUUCAUUGGAAUCAUUCCACCUCAUACGAAACAAUUUGUAGCACCGUGGACUGCUUUGAUCAGUGGAGUACUCCCAGCCAGAACAGCGAGGCUGCUGUUGAUGAUUUCCAUUCCUGGACAUACAGUUUUCCUGUUUGUCGCCGAUUUUAUUCGAAACAAAGAGUCGACUGUGAAUUAUCCUUUUGCACUGACUUACUUACUUGUAGGGCUUAUCCAACUUGUCUUAUUGUUGUAUAUCUGCCAUGUGAUGAUUCAUACUUUGUGGAAGUUGAGAAUAGAUCCCGACAAUGCAGCCAUUCCAUACCUCACGGCACUGGGAGAUCUAUUAGGCUCAUCGUUGUUACUCCUUGGCUUCAUAUUUUUGCGAUUUAUUCACAAGGAGUAUCAGGUAGUCGAAUAGUGACUGGUAGAUAUACAACGGCGAGAUCUAUUUUUUAUCAACCACGUAAAUCAUGUCUUUGCAGUCGUCAACGCGUAAAUAUGAAACAUAGAUAAGACAUGGAUGAUAAGUAGUUUUUAGGAAACCCACAUGAAUAUUUUCAUCAUGUUGAGAAUUACUUGACAAUGAUGAUUCCAUCCAAUAGUGAGAUGGGUCAUUCACUAUUUAUAAUAUGAAACAAGGAUAAUGAGUUCCUACAAAACAAUGCAAUCAUUAGACUUAUUGAUGAAAUUUUCAAGUGAUUGAUUGAGAUCAGAAGUUGACCGCAGAUCAACGAAAAUAUGACAGUAUAGAACGUCUGUGAUUCACUGGUGAAGAGUAUCAAUUUGGAGAUUCAGUAAGAGUGUUCAAACUAGGUAAAGUUAUAGAUUUACUGUGCAAUACUUCAGACAAGGACGGUUGAGUGGUCUGUAACGGUCCUGAAUUAUUUUGAGUGGUCAUAUUAUCGUUUAGAACCUUCCUGGAAUAUUAUGAAAAUGC